GUAGUUCCAACCUCUUCCUGUUUCUGACUGGACGUGGCCUUGCCGAAUUCAUACCUGUCAUCCAUGCAGCGCUGCCUGACUCUAACUCUUGCUCAGCACAGCAGGCUCAUUUUAAAAAAUAAAUUUGGAAGCGUCUACUGCCAGCGCUCAGCUGCCAUGUCAAGUCUUCUUAUCAACCAGCCCAAAUACUCCUGGCUGAAAGAGCUGGGUUUGUCUGAAAACAACCCUGGUGUUUACAAUGGGACCUGGGGAGGCAGUGGGGAAGUUGUCACAUCUCACUGUCCUGCUAACAACGAGCCAAUUGCCAGAGUUACUCAAGCCACUUUGGCAGAAUAUGAAGAAACCGUCCAGAAAACGAGGGAGGCCUGGAAGGUGUGGGCAGAUAUUCCGGCUCCAAAAAGAGGGGAAAUUGUGAGGCAGAUUGGGGAUGCACUAAGAAAGAAGAUUAAAGCGCUUGGAAGUCUAGUGUCUCUAGAAAUGGGCAAGAUCUAUGUUGAGGGAGUAGGUGAAGUUCAGGAGUAUGUUGAUGUCUGUGAUUAUGCCGUUGGUCUGUCUAGAAUGAUUGGCGGCCCUAUUCUUCCUUCAGAAAGGCCGGGGCAUGCGCUCCUCGAGCAGUGGAACCCAGUUGGUCUCGUUGGCAUCAUCACUGCCUUUAACUUUCCUGUAGCCGUCUAUGGCUGGAACAACGCUAUAGCGCUGACAUGUGGCAAUGUCUGCCUUUGGAAAGGUGCCCCAACCACUCCUCUCACAAGUGUCGCAGUUACCAAAAUUGUGGCAGGGGUGUUGGAGCAGAACAAUCUACCAGGAGCUAUCUGCUCCAUGACCUGUGGUGGUGCUGAUAUCGGCACUGCUAUGGCAAAGGAUGAGCGAGUGGAUCUGCUGUCUUUCACUGGCAGCACCCAUGUUGGGAAGCUCGUGGCCAUGAUGGUGCAGGAGAGGUUUGGACGCAAGCUUCUGGAGCUUGGUGGAAACAAUGCCAUCAUUGUGUUUGAGGAUGCUGACCUGAACCUUGUGGUGCCCUCUGCUGUCUUUGCUUCUGCGGGAACUGCUGGUCAACGCUGCACCACAACUAGGAGGCUGAUGUUGCAUGAAAGUGUCCAUGACACAGUGGUCGAGAGGAUAGCCAAGGCCUACAAACAAAUUCGCAUCGGAGAUCCCUGGGACCCUAACACCCUCUAUGGUCCUCUGCACACCAAACAAGCUGUGGAGCAGUAUUUGGCUGCUGUUGAGCAGGCCAAGCAGCAGGGUGGCACUGUGGUUUGUGGAGGAAAGGUGAUGGAUCGUCCAGGAAACUACGUGGAACCCACUAUCAUUACAGGACUGGCUCAUGAUGCACCAAUUGUUCAUACCGAAACCUUUGUCCCCAUCCUCUACGUCUUAAAGUUCAAAACAGAAGAAGAGGCAUUUGCAUGGAACAACGAGGUCAAGCAGGGUCUGUCCAGCAGCAUCUUCACCAAAGAUAUGGGGAGGGUUUUUCGUUGGCUGGGUCCCAAAGGAUCUGACUGUGGCAUUGUGAAUGUCAACAUUCCCACAAGUGGAGCUGAAAUUGGAGGAGCUUUUGGUGGGGAAAAACACACAGGUGGAGGAAGAGAGUCAGGCAGUGACUCUUGGAAGCAGUACAUGAGGCGCUCAACGUGCACAAUAAACUACAGCAAAGAUCUUCCUCUGGCCCAGGGCAUUAAGUUUGAGUGAAGCUGUCAAAAGUCUCAUGUUCAGGGCACCGAUGUCAAAGGGCAACACUAAAUAUUUUUAGUUGUUGCGUUGUAGAACACCAAGGAUUUUCUCAUUACAUCUUUACUAAAAUAGGUCUGUUUCAAUUAACAUUUAAAAAUAAUUUCAGAUGUAUUUAGUUGUAAUUGUAGUUCUGUAUGUAAAAUCUUUAAAAAUGUUUUGUCCUAAAGGUCAAAUCUUGUUCCUACAAAAAUAUCUGAACACUUUUCUACAAGCACUUAAAAUUAAGCUUGUGAGCUUGAUGACUGUAUCUGAUACUUUAUACUGUAAUUCAUAAAUCCCACUUUUUUCUUUUUUUUUUUUUUAAUAAAGCUGUAAUGGACAAUUUCUUGACAGACUGCCUGUAUGUUUUUAAAGGUACAUGAAACACUGGCUGCACCCUGAUAACUGGCUUCAAAACCCUCAUAAAGAAAGAAAGAAACUUAAUUAAAUAAAGGCAAUGUGCUGA